AUGGAGCAAAAACAGAUACCCGAGCUGCUCAAGGUCUCCGAGCUCCUAAUAUGCAGCACCUGCGGCACUCAAUUCGACACACCUGCCUCGUCCUCUCAGCUAACAAGCUGUCUAAUUUGCGACGACCCCCGCCAGUACGUGCCCCCCUCAGGGCAGUCAUUCACGACACUCUCUGAGCUCAGGGCCGCAAACCCCCAGAACAAACACGAGGUUAUCUCCGGCGACGACCGGUUCCUCAGCUUGUGUACCGAGCCAAGAGUGGGAAUCGGCCAGCGAGCAAUCCUAAUCAAGACGCCCGUAGGCAACGUGUUAUGGGAUUGCAUCACAUACCUUGAUUCCGCAACUGUAGAGUGGAUCAACAGUCUCGGGGGCCUGGGCGCGAUAGUUAUAAGCCAUCCGCAUUACUACACUACGCACCUACUCUGGGCGGAGGCUUUUGAUUGCCCGGUAUACGUGAGUUCCGAGGAUAAAGAAUGGUUGUGUCGACUCGACGACCCCUCGAAGCCUCGGCGGAGGUUCAUCGCGGAUCCCGAACUAGACAUUGAAAUCAAGGGCCAGAAAACUGGUAUAAAAAUCUUAAAGCUCGGCGGCCAUUUCCCCGGGAGUUUGGUAUGUUUGGCGUACGGCCGGUUGCUCAUUGCAGAUACGUUGAUGACGACGCCAGCUGGGUUGGGGGAUUGGAGUCAUGGCCCCGGUGCAGGUACCGGUAGACCCAAGGGGAUGAAUAGCUAUUCGUUCAUGUGGAGUUAUCCCAAUAUGAUUCCGCUUUCCCCUGAAGAGCUCGAGGUCAUGUGGGCAGUAUUGAAGAAGCAUGCCUUUUCUAGUACGCAUGGUGCGUUUGGACAGGACCUUAUCGAUGGUUAUGGUGGUAGCGAGGCGCCUGUUAAGAAGAGGGUCCUGGAGAGUAUGCAGAUUCAGACGAGGAGGAUGGGGUGGACAGAUCAUGCUAUUUUGAGCGAGACUUGUUAA